UUCAACGUGACCAUUUUACACAUUCGUGAUUUGUUUGCAUGGAGUUUAUUAACUGGAGUCCUAACUUUUUAAAACCUGAGCUUGAUGUAUUUGGAUUGUAUUAUUAAUUUUAACUUACAAUCCUUUUUUUAUAUUCACCUCAUCGUUUAAAGUAAGACACAUGCACAUUGGAUUAAUGAACAACAUUAAUUUAGACAGAAAUACCAUAGACGUCUUUGAUUUUUGGGUUAAAACUUAGUAAUCAGUGACGUCAGCCUCUCAGGCAAAGUUGAUUGACGUCAGCAAAGUUAUGUAAGAAAAAACAAGCAAUACAAUCCUCUCAAAAUGGAGAAGUCGGAUAUUUUAUACAAGGUUGAUGACAUUCCGCCGUGGUAUCUUUGUUUAUUGCUUGGUUUUCAGCAAUUUUUGACAGCUUUUGGGGCCACAUUCGCCUAUCCUGUGAUUAUAAGCGGUGUGUUGUGUAUUGAAGGAGAUGACGUAGGACUAGGGGAGCUAAUAAGCACUGUGAUAUUUGUCUCGGGGUUAUCUUCCCUUCUACAGACGACAUUCGGUGUAAGACUCCCCAUCAUACAGAGUGUCAGCUACUCCUUCAUUGUCCCAGCUUUUGUUGUGCUCUCUGUCAGCUCCAAUACCUGCCCGUACCACGACCUGUCAGGUAGGUUUAAUGAUAACAGUACUGUUAACACCUGCCCGUACCACGACCUCUCAGGUAGGUUUAAUGAUAACAGUACUGUUAACACCUGCCCGUACCACGACCUCUCAGCAAACAAAUCCUUACUGCCAGUUUUGGGAUCAGCUGAACAUCAACGAGUAUGGAAGGCGAACCUCUGCGAGCUGCAGGGCGCGCUCAUGGUGUCUUCGCUGCUGUCCAUCGUGUUAGGUUUUACUGGCAUGGUCGGACUUCUAAUGAGGUUUAUCGGACCGUUGACCAUCGCUCCGACCAUCAGUCUCAUAGCGUUCUCCCUCUUUAAAGUGGCAGCCGACAAGGGGUCAACCCACUGGUACAUCUGUUUCACGACAAUCUUCUUGGUCGCCUUGUUCUCCCAGUAUUUGAGAAAUAUUGCCAUCCCACUCCCAUGUUUGAAGAUUAAACUCAAGAUCUUUGCCUUAUUCCCGGUGCUGUUGGCUAUCGUCAUCUCCUGGAUUAUAUGCGUCAUCCUCACGGAGACCAACGUGCUGACCAAUGAGCCGGAGAAAUGGGGCUACAAGGCUAGAACUGACAUCAGGGUCAAAGCCUUGUCUGAUUCGGACUGGUUCCGGUUUCCAUAUCCAGGACAGUGGGGAGUGCCUAGGGUGACUAUAGCUGGAGUUUUAGGCAUGCUAGCUGCCAUGUUUGCUUCAGCUAUUGAAUCUGUAGGAGACUACUACGCAUGCGCAAGACUAGCUGGUGCACCACCCCCGCCACCCAGUGCCAUUAGUCGAGGUAUAGGCAUGGAGGGUAUCACGUGUCUGCUAGCUGGGGCGUGGGGGACAGGUGGAGGUAACACGUCAUACAGUGAGAAUAUCGGCGCCAUUGGAAUCACCAAGGUGGGGAGUCGUGUGGUGAUUCAGGUCGCCGGAUGUCUGAUGCUGGUGCUGGGAUGUCUGGGGAAAUUUGGCGCGUUGUUCGUGACCAUCCCAGAGCCUGUGGUUGGUGGACUCUUCUACGUCAUGUUCGGUAUGGUGGGGGCUGUCGGAAUCUCCAACCUCCAGUACGUUGACCUGAACUCCUCCCGGAACCUGUUCGUGUUUGGCCUGCCCGUCUUCUUCGGUCUCAGCGUACCCUACUGGGUCAGCACCAACGAGAUCAAAACAGGCGAUGCUCUGGCUGAUCAAGUACUGACCGUGUUGUUUGGCACCUCCAUGUUUGUGGGCGGUAUCAUGGCUUUUAUACUGGACAACACUAUUCCAGGAACUAGAGAAGAACGCGGACUGCUACACUGGAACCAGCAGGCGGAAGGAUCUAGCGGUGAUCUGUCAGUCUAUGACAUCCCACUGAUUCAACCCUUCCUCAACAAAUUACCGUGUACCAAGUACAUACCUGUGUGUCCAGGCUCGAUGAUUGACAGGAUGUCAACACGCCACUCGGUGGAAGAAGGGGAGGAUAAUCUGGGCUAUAUUGGCAGUAAAGAGUCUCUUAACACCGCUGAGCAUGAUUUGAAUACCAGGAUAUAGGAACAACGUUGAUACGUGACAGAUUUGUAUAUAACUAACAUUACAAGUAGAUAGUUUGUAACACUACUAUGUAACUCGUAUAAAACUUUCCGAAGCUAGUAACAAUAAUUAUUUAUUCGAAUAGGACGAAAUCCCGCAUUCGAUCGAAAGUC